CUCACGCAAGAGGGGCGGGGCACCGGAGCAGUCGAGAGUGGAGCGCAAACGUACCUCCAUGCUCACUGUGUGUAUGUUUAAAAAGCAAUUAUAGACGGAGCAUCGUGCAAACUUGCCGUUUUAAAGCCACAUUUGACGAGCUUUAUUUUUCUGCAGCUGAACGAAGACGCAUCAUCGUCAUCAUGACCGACAGGAAGGCCGUCAUCAAGAACGCUGAUAUGUCUGAGGACAUGCAGCAGGACGCGGUGGACUGUGCCACGCAGGCCAUGGAGAAGUACAACAUAGAGAAAGACAUUGCUGCCUACAUCAAGAAGGAAUUUGACAAGAAGUACAACCCCACCUGGCACUGCAUCGUCGGGAGGAACUUCGGCAGCUACGUGACCCACGAGACCAAGCAUUUCAUUUACUUCUAUUUGGGCCAGGUGGCCAUCUUGCUCUUUAAGUCGGGCUGAGAUGUUUUCCGCGGAUGUUGUUUUUCCCCUCCUUUCUUUUCUUGUUUCGCUUCACAGGAAAUGCAUCAGAGGCUAUGAUGCCUCAUACUCUGAAUAACGACAUAACAUUACGAUUUGAACUGGCUUCUGCACAGUUGCAUGGAUGAUACUUUUACUUUGUAUGUACUUUUGUGUAAGAUUACUUUUUCGGUGAUUGCCGGAGUAUUUUUGUUAGGUUGUUAAUAAAGCGUUAAAAUAAUGGUAAAGGAGCACCGUUGUAAUAAUAAUUAGUUCAUUUUACAAUGCUCCGAUUUUGAGUUGUAAAAUAAUGGUAGAUGUACAAACUUUGAUUAUUAUUUUUCAUUUAGCAUCUACUGAGUUUGUGUGUGUGUGUGUUUUUUUCCCGCAAUGUGAAGUGAUGGCGUUUUUUGUUUGUUUUUUAAAGGUGUCACUGUGAAAGUCGCUUGAAUCUUUAGUCGUGUCCUAACGCUGGAUAGCUAGCUAGCUAGCUCGCUGGCUUGCCACCAUGCAUACAAGUGUAUGUUUCUGCAUGGUUAAAGCAUAACAAAACGCACAUGGAGUUUUUACAUUUUGAACAAAUCCAACUUGGCUUGUAAAAGAUGAUUUUGCGGUAAAACAUUUUCCGUCAGCUAGCACUGCGCCUAGCCGGGUCGGUCUUAUGUAGUGUCGCUCUUUAUUUUUCUGACAAGAAUGACAAAGCAUUUUUCUCUUUAGUAUAUUUCUUAAAGCAGAGACCCUAACCCACUUGCUGAUGAGACGUGUCGACCGGGGACACUUACACUAUCACAUUCUUUCAUGCGAGCUGUUUUUUUUUUGUUUUUUAAAAGGGAAGUCUUCCUGUUCCUGAAGGAAUUCAGUAUUGUUGCUUCCUCCGGCAUGUGUUGUUGUCGCUGUUGUCGUCCAUGUUGGAGCUGCUCUGAUGCUGUUACAAUUUGCACAAAACGUGUGCCUGUCAUUGCUCUCAAAUCGCACAUCUUUAGAACUAGACAGUAUGUUGCUAUAAAACCAAAAUGAUGGCAUAAAAAUAAUAAAAUAAUUGUUGACUUA